UUUGUUAUUUUUACACGCAGGUAAACUGAAUGAUGAGGCUGGGUACACUGAGGGGCAGGUUGUUGACCCUUAAAUGUUUUCAACAGUCAUAGGUUGAGUAGUCUGGAACAAGAGUCCAAACACAGCGCUCAGGACAAUUGUUUGUUGGGUUUUUUUGUCUCCAGACAGGAACUGGAGCUCUGCGGAAAGACAAAGGAGCCUGCUGCUAAUUCUUAUACCCGCUUAGGCUUCUCCACCAAACAGGAUGCGGCUGUUUGUUCCAGGCUGUGGGGCAGAUUGAACAAACUGUUCUGCUGGAGGUUCAGCUGUAGAACUGACGAACUUUUAUUAUUCUAGUGGGGACAUUAACUGAAUAUGUCCAUAUUGAAAUAGCCAGACGCUUCAAUAAAAAAAGGGCAGGAUCAUGCGCGCGCUGCUCCUCGCGCUGUCAGCGCUUGUGGCGGCGCGGCGGGCAGUGGGCCAGGCGGCCACCACCAGGUGCACGGAGCGAGCCUGUUUCACCCUGCACGCAAAGAAGGCGCCAUUUGACGUGGCUAAGACGCUCUGCUACGACAACGGAGGAUACCUGCUCACGAUGCGAGACCAGGAGGAAGCGGAGGACGCGAGGGCCCUGCUCGCGCUGGCCAGAGAAGCUGGGUUGUUCAUGCGGGGCGAGGAGAAGCUGUGGAUCGGUCUGAAGCUGGCUAAGGGAAGCUGCGUGCUGGACGAAGAGUCCCUGCGCGGAUUCCGCUGGGAGUCGGGCGCGAGAGACUCGACCAAGUAUAUCAAUUGGGGUCGCGAGCCGCGCAGCACGUGCACGGAGGAGCGCUGCGUGUCGGUGCGCGCCUCAACCGCUGGGUCCGUGCAGCUCGAGUGGAGCGAUGGCUCGUGCAAGGACAGCGCGCUGUACGCGUGCCGCUUCCCGUUUAAGGGCAUGUGCGAGCCGCUGACGCUCGCAGGACCGGGAGAUAUCACCUACACCACGCCGUUCUCAGACACACCUCUGCACGAGGGAAUCUCGCUGCGCAUGCUCCCUCAUGGCACAUUCGCUGACAUUACAUGCACGAGCUCAAAAGAGCACUACUAUCCCGUUAUUUGCAAUGAAGCGGGCGCGGGCUUCUCUUGGACUCCAGCGGGACCUUUCUGCCCAUCGGGCGAGCGCACGUGCGCGCACCAGAACGGAGGCUGCCAGCACGUGUGCUCGGACGAGGGCGACCCAGGCAUGGUUCGCUGCUCCUGUCGGGAGGGCUACUACUUGGGCGAUGACACGAUCACGUGCUUUCCAAAAAACCCGUGCAAAAACGCGCCAUGCGUGCACAAGUGCGUUAGCGAGGGUGCUAGCUUGAGGUGCACGUGCCAUAAGGGCUAUCAGCUCGCGCAGGACGAGGUCGACUGCAUAGACGUGAACGAAUGUGAGGAGAGCGUGUGCGGCGUCCACGCAUGCCACAACCUUCCCGGCAGCUACGAGUGCGCGUGCGACAAGGGGUUCGAAAAGGGCGCGGGAGGCGCGUGCGUGGAUGUAGACGAGUGCGCAAAAGGCGCGUGCGGAAGGUCCGCCAACUGCCUAAACUCGCAGGGCUCGUUCUCGUGCUACUGCUCCAUGGGCUUUAGGCCGUGGUCAGACGCGGACGAGGGCUGCGUGGAUGUGGACGAGUGCGUUAACCGGCCCUGUGAGGACAUCUGCACCAACACCGUGGGAAGCUUCUCGUGCUCAUGUCGAGCGAACUUCCAGUUGGCGGACAAUGGAAUCAGCUGCAUCCAGGUCAUCAUGGAGCCGAGCCCGCGCGCCCCAGCUUCACACCAGCCACCCACCACUGGAGGACACGAGGAGACCACCACGACCACCGCGACCUCCACGCUCACUCUGCCGUUUAGCAGUGAGAGCUCGAGCACUGAAGCGGAGGACACUCUGUCCAGGUCGUGGGUGCUUGUGUGGGUGCUGGGCUCCGUUAUUCCUCUGCUGCUGCUCGUUGCGCUCACGUCGGUUAUUGCCGUCCUGCGCUGGAACCGCGCGCGCAAAGAGGCGAAGAAAAAGAACGCCACCGCGGACAAUUACUGCUGGGUCUCUUCUGGCUUUCAGAUUCAGCCCGAAAAUGAACCUAACUGAACUUAAGGACUGAUAAAAGUAUAUGAUACAGCUUUCCGAAUGACUAUUUGAGCUUUGAAUUGCGUGGAGAUGACCUAAUUUUUAAAAUGUAUAAAAAAUUAUUUUUACACAUAUAAGCCCAGACCUAUUUUCGAUUAAAUUUAAAAUUUAAUUAAAAUACAGUGAGCAGCUUAUUCGUGUAUUUUUUUUUUUUUUGCGGGAACAAGGCUGUAAUUAAUUUUUAAUUGACAAAAUAUAAAUGACAUAGCAACAAUUUCAUUACUGUCAUAACUUCAUCAUUUUUGUUCUAUAAAUGGUGUCAGAACAAGCUCUGUAGAUCGUAAAAAAAUGUAUUAAAGUAUGUCAAUUAAUAAAAUGGUUGGAACAGACCUGUAGAACCAAGUUUUAUCUUAAGCACUAAUCCAACACUCCUAUCUUGUAAAUAAGGUAUAGGAUAAAUGACCACAGAUUCAUGAAUGGUCUGUCCCGUGAUGCUCCCAGGAUGUUUAAUAUGUAUAACUUAGGGACGUCAUGACUUAAAAUGACAAAGGACUGUGAGGAACUUUCCACGUCUUUCAAAUUGUUUAUGGUGAUACAUACGUCACCAUUGGGUUUUUUGUGUUCAAAACCCUGCAUGGAAAAGACUAAAACACCCAAGCCAGAUGCAUGACUGACUGAUUUAUAUUCUUCCAUAAAUGACUACACUUAUUUAUUACUCUUCAUUGUAAAUAAAAUGACUGUAAAUGAAAUACCUUCCAAAGAGGAUAAGUGUGUCAUAUCAGAAAUAGAAUAUUUUAUGAAAAUCAGAUAAACUACUAUUAUGCAGGGGACUUGUAUGUUACUUUUAUUUAAAAAAAAAUCAGCAGAUAAGAAUAAAAAAUGUUGGGCACACCUUUGUA